AUGGAAGAAAUGAAGACUUUAGUAAUUGCCUUGGCAAGAGUAAUUGCAGUCAAACCACACUCGGCUGAUGUGGAGAGACUGAUAUCAAGAUACAAUAUCCUGAAGUCACCAGCGAGAAGCAGACUUAACACAGAUACUCUUCACUACUACAUUUUAGUCAUUGGAUUCAAUCUUCCACCGCUUGCGAGUUAUGAUGCCAGACCUGCUGUUCGAUACUGUUUAACAGAUAAGAAGAGAAAACCAAGUGCAUCGUCUAAGUGCAAGACACAAAAGCGGUGGUUCAAUGGUGUCUUUUUUGAAAACAGCAUUGGUAACGAUGAUCGAGAUCGACAUGUCAGAGUUGUCGGAGGAAAGCAGACAAGGAGGACAUCACUUGAAACCGUCUUUUGGUUGGCAAUUGACAUAAUAAUUAAGAAAGGAUAG